UUUUCGUUUGACAACACAUCAUAUCAACGAUUCUUGAAAAAAACAACAAAAAAACUGUUGUUGAUUUAGAUCUAGAGAAAUUUAUAGUCUAUGUAGACUCUAGAUCUAGUCUGUCUAGAUCUAGAUCAAUUCAAAAAUGACCGUGGAUGCGGCAAAUAAGGGCUUUACUUUACCUUCUGGCCCAGCUUCACUAUGUUUUGAUAAAGAAGAAUUUAUGAAAAAAGAUUUUGAAGUUGACAGAUUUAUCCUUGACUGCAGAAAGAAAGUGCCCUUAGAGACCUUACAUGAUGACUUGGAUCUGUAUCUCAAGGUGAUACGAAGUGCUAUGAUUGAGCUAAUCAACAAGGAUUAUGCUGACUUUGUCAACCUGUCAACAAAUUUGGUUGGCAUGGAUAAAGCUAUAAUGAAUUUAUCUACACCUUUGGGGCAGCUCAAAGAAGAAGUUCUUAGUGUCCAAACUGCCAUGGAUGAAGCCAUUAAAGCAGUGCAGGAUAAAAUUAAGCAUCAGCAAGAAAUACAAAGAAAGAAAGCAAUACUACAAAGACUUAUAAACAUCACCCAUUCUGUGGAGAAGAUUGAAAAGUUGCUUGGAAUCAAACAAGGCACUGACAUCCCAUACGCAGCAGGUGAAUUCACUGGACCUUUGAUUGAGAGGGUUGCCACUGAGUUCAAUAAGCUACAGUUCUAUGUGACACGAAGUAAAGGACACCCAUUAGUUGAAAAAAUAAAGCCACGAAUAGCAGCCAUCACCACAACACUGCAGUACAGUCUGGAAGGCUCAUUCCUGUCAGGACUGGAAACCAGCAACACUGGCAUGUUGAGGCAGUGUUUAAGAACCUAUGCACUCAUAGACAAAACUCACGAUGCCGAGAACUUAUUCAGGGAGCACAUUGUACGACCUUAUAUGGAGGAGAUCAUCAAUGAAGAUUAUCUUCAACAACACAACAAAGAUGUUUCUAUAAUAUUUGAACAUGUCCUUCGCUUCUUUCCGGAGAAAUGUUCUGUGUUGACUGGGAUAACGACUGGUUUGAGUGGUGGAGAAGUUGUUAGAGGCUAUGAUUUUGCAGUGAAUGCUGUUUUUCCAGAAGUUGUAAAAAAUCUAGAGAUGAGAACCUCUUCCAUAUUUGCUCCAGGAAACCCAGAUGUUUUUCAUAAGAAGUUCACAGCUUGCAUGAAAUUUCUGGAUGACUAUGAACAAUGUUGUGGCUCACUGGCUAGUGUUAAUCGCCUCAGAGAGCAUGCCAGUUACACCUCAUUGCUGGGUCGUUGGAGUUUACCUGUCUACUUUCAAAUAAGAUUUCAAGAUAUUGCAGUGGCUUUUGAAACAGCUCUGUGUUCAGGUUUUAAUAAAGUUGCAGGGGAUUCAGAAUUUCUCUUAAGCUCUUCAAGUGCUCUUUGGGCCUCAUUGUUAUGGUGCUGGAGAGAAGAUGUCUAUUUAGCAGCCUUAACACAUAGAUUUGUAAAAUUGAAUCUGCAGCUAAUAUCAAGAUAUAAAACUUGGAUUGAUGAAGUGUAUCAAGAAGAGACAAGCAAAUCUGAAUCAGCUGCUGAAAUUAAGCCACGCUCUGCAACUCCUGAUUUGUUGAGCAACGCUUCUGCUGCUGGUGAUGUCAUGACCCGUUCAAUGUCCCCAAAGCCAAGUCACCAUCAAGACACUAUGUUUAAACCUUUGUUAGUGACUGGUCAGAUAGUAGCCCUACUGGCUGACAUGGGGACUCUAUUAUCAAAGAUUCCCAUUUUGUUUGAGGAGAUAAUAAAACCUAAAUUACAAUAUCUAGCAAUAGAAAAUGUUGAUGCAAUAAAAGAGGCUUUAAUUGAAGAGCUCAAACAGGCCUGUGAUUACCAGCCCAAGUUCUGGGCUAUUGUUACUGAAGAUGUUGUAAAGAAGUGUAGCGUUUAUCUGAACCAAGUGAAUGACAUUCCAAGACUGUACAGAAGAACCAACAAAGAGGUUCCAAGCAAACCAUCCACAUAUCUUUCUAGCGUUCUGAAACCUUUAACUCAGUUUUGUGCUGAACAUUCACAUGCUUUAAAUGAGCAGCAGAGAGUAGAAUUUUUGACUCAUGUAUUUGCUACAUUGAGUCAACACUUUUCAGAUGUAACAGCAGAAGUUCUGACUUCAACAAAGAAAAUGGAAGAAAGCCUUCGGCGUUUAAAAAAGGCAAGAGGAGGAGAAAAGGAGAAAGAGAAAACUGGAGGAGUGAGCGACUCUGACAAAAUUAGAAAUCAAUUAAUUAUUGACAUCAAAAGUUUUCAAAAUCAGAUGAAAAAUCUUGGAGUUCAACCUAAUCACAUUGAAGGGUACCAAAGACUUGCUUCAUUAGCUGAAGAAGCUCAAGCUGAUAUAGCCUCUGGGGUUUAAAAUUGGUCAUGUAUUACAUGCAUUUAACAGAAAUUGUAAAAUAACUCAGAUAAGUCACUUGGAUAAUAAUUCUUUUUUUCAAAGUAAAUUAUUGUUGACAAGAUGUAGAUCUAUACAACAACAUAUUUUUAUUUCACUUGUUAGAAGUGAUAGCUGAUCAUUAGCACAAAGUCAAGAAAACUAUAGUGUGAACAAAAAGUGUAUACUGUGUUGUUGUUUUUUCCUGUGCCUUCUUCAUUUAUAUUUACAGUGUCUAAGGAAAAGAAUAAAAUAAAAUAAAACUAAUAAAAUAAAAUUCAAUAACAUUUCAUGGUCUAGUUCUAAAACAGAUGUCUUCAAUCCACCUGAAGGUUGAAAUUUGAUUGUAUUAGUUGUAGACCCUGUCAGAGUUCACCAGUUUAAAAAUGGAUACCUAACACUAAAUAUCCUUGUAAAAAAAAUUUGGUAAUGAAUAUUUUAUUUAUAAAAACAGAUCUGUCAAGGGAUAAGUUAUAGUCCAGAUACAUUGAAAGUGUGUUAUUUAAGCCAUUUUCAACAUAUAGAGUUUAACUGGUAUGACUAAUUUUUUUUUUACUUUUUUAUUUGUAAUUUAAAAAUAUUAGGCACUCCAAACUAUUGUGGAAAUUAAUUUAUAGUUACUAAAUUUGAUGUACUCGGUAUAAUAUAAAUGUAUUAUAGGUGGGAUUAAUAGAUAUAGAUAGCUACUUAUUUGUGAUGUUCACAUUAAGCUGUAUAUUGUGGGCAAUAAAUUGUAAAACAAUUAUUUUUUCUACAACUUGUAGUCCUCUGUUGUUGUUUUUUUAGUUCAAUGAAUAAAACUCAACUCAAAAUC